AUGUCGGGAGAAAUUCGUGCAAAGGACAAUAAAUCGUCGCUGAGUCAUCGUGCCCAACAGAAAUAUAAUGGUGGUAAAUACGAAGAAGCUGUGGAUGCACUGGAGAAGCUUGUGGAGGAAAUUGAUCCUCGUCAAGACUUUAAAGUUCGCCACAAUCUGGCACUGGCCCGUUUUGCCGCGGGUUUAGACACGCCUGACCAGCUGCAGCUCGCGCUCAAGCAGAAUCUUCGAACGCAAUUGCAGGAACACGACAAGAAGAAUAAAUCUGCUCCAGCUGCUGCAGGAGAUUCGAUUAACGGGGAAGACGCUGCUGCUUCCGUCGCAGAGAGCAGUGGAUCCUUCUCCAUUGAACGAGAGGUGGCCUAUCUGCGGUACAACUAUGCAGCCGCCUUGUUCCUUUCCAAGCAGUACGCACAGGCAAGCUCAGCGCUGGAAGCAGUAAUGCGCAAUGUGGAUCCCAUUGAUGAAAAUGUGGCAAUGCACGCCAGUUUUUUGUAUUUGGACGUCAUUCUGCACAGCAGCAGGGGAUGCGUAAGUACAGAGAGGGAGCGUGCUACGGCGAUUAAGAAGGCACAGAGCAUUUUGGCGUUUUUGGACAAACCGCAUCGGUUUAAUACGGUGCAUGAGCCACCUGAUCAUUUGGUACAGCGUGACGCUAAUGGCAACGUGGUGGAGACAGAGACGCAGAGGAAGAGCCGAUGGGAUGUCACGGAGUUUCGCUUUCGGCUGCAUCUGUAUCGCGCCAAGUUCAUGCUGCUACAGUGUAACUUGAAGACAGCGAAAAAAGAGGUAAAGUCUGCGCUGGAGAUCUUCCAGAAGGAAAUUAAGACGCACGAUAGGGGAGAUGUUGCUGCGAUAUCGUCAUCUACACUUGCUAUGGAGUCAGAGAAAACGAGCGCGGCUAUUGGGCAUCCGUGCCUUGUGGUGCAGAACUCCACGGCGCUGUUCUUGAAAGCGAACCUGGAAUAUUUAAAGAAGAACUACAAGAAAUGUAUUAAGCUUCUUGCAUCGUGUACACAGAAGGCCGUGAGCGAGAGUGUUGUGUUGAAUAAUAUGGGCUGCAUCCACUAUCAAAUGGGACAGCGAAAGGCGGCACAGUCAUACUUUGCCAGAGCACUGCAAGCUACCACAAGGGCCACAAAGAUGGACGCGGUUGUCAUUGUAAGUUCUUGCCACCAUGAAAUUAUGUACAAUAAUGGUCUACACCUGUUGCUUCAAGGCGAGUACGCGCUGGCGUUCCGGUGCUUCCACGAGUCGUCGCGGCUGUACUUUAAUCGUCCCAAGCUGUGGCUUCGCCUUGGGGAGUGCUGUACGGCGGCAUUUGCCAAGGAGCAGAAAUUGGCAGUAGUAGCUGGAAACAAAAGCGGUUUGAUUCAGGGAAUUGUAGGCACUGGUUCACACCGACGUGUUCUGCUUCCCACCAGCUUGCCGUCUGCGGCAUCGCAAGACAUUAAGCUCCCUGAGAAAAACAGCAAUGACAAUGGUACUCGUGGGGCAUCUACCGAUGCUGGUGAUACAGAUGGCUCACCGACAAUGAGUCUCCCAUUUGGCGCAAAGUGCUUCAAGAACGUAGUUUUGCUUUGCAAUCAACUUUUGGGUUCCAGAAAUGUGAACGGACACGUUGAUACUGCAGUAGGUGUUGCUGAUGCAACCGACAGCGAAGCUCUCGGCACAGAGGCUCUUGACAUGUUGCGUCAAAAGGCUCUCAUCAACUUGUCGUAUGUCUAUCUGUCGAUGUACGAUCCUCAGCUUGCAAUUACAAGUGCAAAGGAGUUGCUGGCUUUGCCCACUUGCUCGAAGGCAAACAGCUUUUUGGCGCGAUCGUAUACUGCAGAGGCUCUAUGCUUGCUUUCUCGGGCAUCCGAAGCGACGGAUGUGUUACAGUCUGAGCGAGAUUUGAUUGAGAUGGCUGAAGAGUACGCACGGGAAGCAAAGCUCCAGUUGUCACGAGCCCGAGCUAGUGUCCAUGUGAAUACUGCAACCUCACUUCUGUUGCAGGGACGCAACCCGGAAGCAGAAGAAAGCGUGACGCGUGCUGUGAGGGAAAACCCAAAUUGUCGCGAAUCGCUUGAGCUAUUAGUGUAUGUGCUGCUGAAGAAAGGUGACACGAAAAAAGCACUUCGUGUGCUGAAAGAGGCUCAGGUGGUGCAAUAA